CUCCUCCCCCUCUCCCCUCUCAUCCAUCCAUCCGCGCUUCCUUCCUUUCUUCUCUCCCUGGAUGCUGCGUUAGGAGCGCGUUUAGGAAGGGUGCCCCUUCUUCCUGUUCGGAUGGAGACGGGCUGAGCAAGGUCCAGGUCCGGUCCAGGAUCUCAGCUGGGGGUUCUUCUUUCUGCUGAGAGCACCGAGGAGGAGAGACAGGGUAGAUCCUCCAACAUCUGAAGCUCUUCUGCAUCUCUUCCAAGGGCGCAUCGCUGGGGUUUUGUUUAACAUGCAGGCUUUAAGGUGCUAGUAGCAGUUUGAGCUCAGAGGAGUCUUCUGUGUGUCUUCAUGCAUUCUUCAAGGACAGAAAUGGGCUCAGUGGGAGCGGAGCGUCGCAGGCCAACGCCGGCCCAGACGCCCGAGGAAUGGGACGGGUGGAGGGAUCGAGGAAUGGCUGGAUGGAGGGAUCCCGGGAGGGAGGGCUGGAGAGAGGGAAGGGAGAGCGGCGUGGUGCAGAGCUACAGCUUCGAUUCGUAUCAGCUGGAGGAGGAGGAGAUCAGUAAAGACGCCCCAGAGCGAGGAGUGCUGGCUCUAUCUGAGCCCGAAUUUGAGCAGCCCAUCCCUGAUGACCGUUACCAUGGAAUCUACUUUGCAAUGCUCCUGGCUGGAGUGGGUUUCCUGCUUCCCUACAACAGCUUCAUCACCGACGUCGACUACCUGCAUUGCAAGUUUCAGGGAACACCCAUAGUGUUUGACAUGAGUCUGACCUAUAUAGUGGUUGCUCUGCUGGCUGUGAUCCUCAACAAUGUGCUGGUGGAGAGACUCAGCAUGCACACCAGGAUUACUGUGGGUUACAUCUUGGCACUGGGGCCACUCAUCUUUGUCAGCGUGUUUGACGUCUGGCUGGAAAUGUUCACCAACAAGCAGGCUUACGUCAUCAACCUGGUGUCAGUGGGAGUGGUCGCCUUUGGAUGCACAGUGCAGCAGUCCAGUUUCUAUGGUUACAUGGGGAUGCUUCCCAAGAGGUAUACUCAGGGGGUGAUGACUGGAGAAAGCACGGCCGGCGUGAUUAUUUCGCUGUCUCGCAUCUUCACCAAGCUGUUGAUAGACGACGAGAAGAUGAACACCGUGAUCUUCUUCCUCAUCUCUAUCGGCAUGGAGAAGCUCUGCUUUCUGCUUCACCUCGUCGUCAGACGCUCGCGGUUUGUCCGCUACUACACCAGCCACGCUCAGGGCAAAGGUCCGGCGAAAUGUCACGAUCCGAGAGACACCGGCACCGGAUACAGGGUCCAUCAUGACGUCACAGCAGAGGAGGUUAUAUUCGGAAACGGAGGGACCGCGGCGCCCGCCUCAGCUGAAGAAGGCCAGGAAGACUUUGUGGGCGGUACUUAUGUAAGAUUCGAUGCCCCGAAAGCCAAGAUGAGGAAGAGCUGGCCCGGUGUCCGCGACAUGAUCUUGCACCGUUACGUGGUGUCACGUGUGAUCUGGGCCUACAUGCUGUCCAUAGCCGUGACCUACAGCAUCACUCUGUGUCUCUUCCCUGGGCUGGAGUCCGAGAUACGGAACAACACCUUAGGGGAAUGGCUGCCCAUCCUCAUCAUGGCCACCUUCAACAUGUCCGACUUUGUUGGCAAGAUACUUGCGGCACUUCCCUAUGACUGGUCUGGGGGCCGCCUGCUCUUCUUCUCCUGUCUGAGGGUGGUCUUCAUCCCUCUGUUUGUCCUGUGCGUGUACCCGGUGGGUGCGCCCAUGCUGUCCCACCCUGCCUGGCCGUGUCUCUUCUCCCUCCUCAUGGGAGUCACCAACGGCUACUUUGGGUCUGUCCCGAUGAUCCAGGCUGCAGGGAAAGUGCCACCUGAGCAGAGGGAGCUGGCAGGAAAUACGAUGACGGUGUCCUACAUGACGGGUUUAAUGGUGGGCUCCUCGGUGGCGUACGCCACAUACAGCUUCAACCCUACAGCAGCAGGAGCAUGCCCCCCCCCACACGCACCUUUCAAUGCUACAGGGUACUGAAUGUCUGCAUACACUAAAACUCACACACAUAGACUUUAACACUGUAUUUAUGUGCAGCAGAAGUAAGCAUUUAAAGUUGUAGCAUCAUGAUGAAGUUUCAAAGAGGGAAAGAGCCGGAGCACCCCCCCGCCCGCCCCCCAGCAGCCGGCCGGCCGGCCGAGGCUAACAUGGAUGACCUUUGAGAAUCACUCAGUGGAAUUACUGCCUGCAUGAGGACCAACAGAUUGUCUGACAUUUGUAAGGCGGAAAGGCAAGUCAUGUUUCACUGCAAGGAGCGAAGCCGAGUUUCUCUACAAGUCUGACUUGUUAUUAAUGAUGACCCAGAGACAAGGUUAAGGCGGGAGGGGGGGCCUCAAUUUAAGAAAGGAUUUAUUUGCUUACUCAUUUAGAAAAAAAA